UGCUGAAAUUUAACGCGUCACGUGCCUUUCUUGUGCAAGCAUUCGAACGAGGAAGAGACGAGAAAUGGAGGUUACAGAGGUGGAGGAAGUACUGAGGGUGUUGGAUUCUUCUCUUUCCAACAUCAAAUGGCGCCUCAAAUCUCCAGCCAAGCGUCGACUCCAAUUAGAUGUUCUGGCAUUGUGCACGGAGAUGAGGCCAGUUAUAAUGGUUGACUACGGUGGAAAGAUGCCUGAACUGCAGGAGCAUCUGUGUGCGCUUCUUAAACUUUGCCAGCAGCACUUGUUCCAGGAGUCGGCUAUUUUUGAGCGUUUGAGGGUGAUGGUUAUUGAAGAUAUGAUAUAUUUGAUACAUGUAAGAGCGCUUGCAGAGUAUGUCAAGUCAAGCUUGAACUCCAAAGUAGAAUUGCUCUUUGUGAACCUGGAACAAGAUCCUCCAAAGAUGGUGACGCAAGCAGAAGAAAGCUCAUUAGUAGCAGAACUUCUGAGAGUGCAGAACUUAUUCUCUUUGUUUUUUCCUCUUAACGGAUUGGACAAUGAUCUCUUGUCAUCUUGUCACAUGAAGGAUACUGCAGAUAACACUGAAUCAUCCACCAAUAAACCCAUAACUUCUUGGUCCUCUGAAUUUAUUGAUCUCAGUAGUUGCCUGCAGGACUCUCAGGUCACAGUGCCAACUUUAAAUGGUUGGCUUCUUGGUUAUCCGGUCAUUUACCUGUUCAGCAAGGAGCACAUUGCAGAUGCCAUUUAUAAUCUUUCCACCAAGUAUCUUCAUAUCUUCAGAAUUUCAGUCAGCAGUUUCCAAGGUUUUUGGGAUCUGAUGCCAACUCUGCAAUUUAACCUUCCAAAACCCAAGGUGACAGAUUGUGAACAAAGGAAUAUUUCACCCAAUAAAGGAUCACAGCCAGAAGAAUUGAUGAGUUUCUCAGUACCUUAUGAACUAAGCAUGGGAGGAAGCAAGGAACCAUGGGCUGAGGCAUUUCUGGCCCAAAUGCAAUCAAGAUGGAAAAAGUGCAAAAGCGUUUGGAAGCCACUGCAGAUGGAGGUUAGUGAAUACUAUCCACAAGCAAUUGUGUUGUAGUGAUAAGUGUUAACCUGCCGUUUGCCACCAAACACUACAGUCCCUUUACCCGGCCGCCAAGAAAGAGUGCUGUUUCUUAUACAGCAAUUGUCGUUUGAGGGACAAACUUCCUAGGAUGUGAUUAAUUGCUUAACACAGAUUUUUUUUGGCUUUAAAAUGUGUAUAUAUUGCAUGAAAGAGUCUCUUUACAUUAGCACUGAGCUGACUAGCUUUCUUUUCUAUGGAAACCUUAAAAAUGAGGGAUUUAUAUUAGACUCAUUGAGGAGUUGGUUGUCUGAAUUUGACAAAGUAACAAGAAAUUGUUAAAUUUGAAUCUUUGAUUCCUACAA